AUGGCCCAUGGCCGGGGGUCCAUGACCCCGAGGGACAAUGGCAAGAGCGACAAGCCGCCAAGACAUGGACAUGUAGAUGUCCCAAUAACUGGGCGGUGGGCGCCCAUUGCCCCCACGGUUCCUGGGGCCCUGGCAACCCAGGGCCAGGUCUACCAGAACGACGUCUUCCCCGUCACGCACAACUACUACUCUGACGAGUGUCUCAACCAGGCUGCUGGCGGCUCUGGCGCUGGGAUUGACUUCUACCAGAUGCACACCUACGACUGGCAAGGCGCCUGGAUCACAGGCGACCCCUUCACUGUGUUGCCUUCUGACUACAACCUCGAGAAGUCGAUAUUGAUUGGCGAGUUUUCGUCCGCCUGUUCUGCCGGCACCCCGCUGGAAGACCUUUUGGAUUACGCCUACACUGAAGGCUAUAUUGGUACUUGGACCUGGCAUUAUGCAGCUACUGGUGACUGCAGUGAGACUCGAGAACACCAGCUGGAGGGACUCCAAUACAUGUCUGACCGGACUGAUCACGGCGUGAUAGAUUUUAUAGUGGAAUAGUUGAAUAUCUCCUGGUCUACAUCUUAGGCUGUUGCCUGACUUCUGCACUCUAACACUAGUAUUCUAAAAGAUUGCUUGCCUAAGUUGAACACUCAUUCUUGUAAUGCAUUCAGCUAUGAUGAAAUUAAUGUGAAUUUUGUCCAAUAUUUUAUAGCUAGGCCUUUUGUAAAACGUUUAAAUUAAAUAGGAAUUUUUUUUGUGUAUUAUCUUGUGACAAGCGCAAACAGCUAUGCCAGUAAAAUGUCAACCCGCCAAUUGGAUUUUCGAUAUCUUUGAAAUGUUCAAUUAACAUUUAAGAUAAAUACAA